ACCAACUGUCACAUUUGACACUUUGACAGUUCACAAAAAAAUUCCUUGACCACUCACAGUUUUGUCUUUUCCAAUUCAAUUAUCGGACAAAAUUCGUCUUUUGCAUUAAAUUCCACAUUUAAUUCAUAAGCCACAAAAAUGCCGGAAGCUCGUAAUCCUAUGGAGGCUUUUGCCAAUACGGUUUUGGGAAUGGUUGAUGGACCCAUAACCUGGUUCAAGGAAUCAAUUGUUGAACCAAACCAACAAAAGUAUCCCUGGUAUCAUGAGAAAUUCCGUCGUGUCCCCACCAUCGAUCAGUGCUACACUGAUGAUGCCGUUUGUCGAUUCGAAGCCGACCAACAAUUCCGACGCGAUCGUAUGGUUGACAAUGAGGUGCUCAAUGUUUUGCGUCAACGUUUUGAAGAUUGUGUUCUUUACGAAUCACCCGAUCACAUGGUCAAAUGCCGACCUGUCUUGGAUGACUUGGAAAAAGCCCAAGAAAAUUGGUUCAUCAAGUAUGGUGAUUUGGGAGCCUAUGCUAAUGCAAAGAGUUGCUACAUGAAACAGAAACAUCGAUUGAUUUGGGAACGUCGUCAUGGACCCGUUGGUACUGGAAUGAAGACCUCCGGUGAAGAACACUAACCAAAAGCCCGAAUGUGAUAAAAUCACGAACUAGUAAACAAACAAACAAAAAAGAAACAUCUGUAGAAAUUGUAUGACAUUCUUUUGGGAAUGGAAAACCUUGAAACUAAAUAUAAAAUGCAAUUGCGAAAAAGCCAUAAUUGGCUUCGUGGCAAUUUCAAAUUUA